AAUCAUCUGGUUUCAUCCUCAACAACACAGCAGAGUCUUUGUCGAGCACUGUGUGUAGAAAUGGCUGCUGCCAGCUGUCUGCUGACUGAAGAUCAGUUUCUGUGCUCCAUCUGUCUGGAUGUGUUCACUGAUCCAGUCACCUUACCAUGUGGACACAACUUCUGUAACAACUGCAUCUCUGAACACUGGGAUGUUAAUGUCCUGUGCCAGUGUCCCAAUUGUAAAGAGGUUUUCAACAUAAGACCUGAACUGAGGGUCAAUAGAUUCAUCUCUGAGAUGGCUGCUCAGUUCAGACUGUCAGUUGAACAGGAAGCCAGCAGCAGCUGCUCAGAGCAACAAGCUGCCAAACCAGGAGAAGUUCCCUGUGACGUCUGCACUGGAACCAAACUGAAGGCCCUGAAGUCCUGCCUGGUGUGUCUGACCUCGUACUGUGAGAUUCACCUGGAGCCUCAUCUGACAAUCUCGGGCCUGAAAAGACAUCAGCUGAUCGACCCUGUGGAGAACCUGGAAGGCAGGAUCUGUACGAAGCACAAUAAACUGCUGGAGCUGUUCUGCAAGACUGAUCAGACAUGUAUCUGCAUACUCUGCUCUGUUUUAGACCACAAGACACAUGAGUUUGUUCCUCUGGCAGAAGAAUGUGAAGGAAAGAAGGCAGAGCUGAAGGCGACAGAGGAUGAAAUUCAGCACAUGAUCCAAAAGAGACAGCAGAAGAUUCAGGAGAUCAAACAGUCAGUGGAGCUCAGUAAGAAAAAUGCAGACAGAGAAAUAGCAGCAGGUGUUCAGGUCUUCACUGCUCUGAAGGAGUCUGUCGAGAGAAGCCAGGCUGAACUGAUCAAGACGAUCAAAGGGAAGCAGAGAACAACAGAGGAACAGGCUGAAGGCUUCAUCAAAGAGCUGGAGGAGGAAAUCACUGAGCUGAAGAAGAGAAGCUCUGAGGUGGAGCAGCUCUCACACUCUGAAGACCACCUCCACCUCCUCCAAAGCUUCUCAUUCCUGAACCCUGCUCCACCCACCAAGGACUGGACAGAAGUCAGCCUCCAUCCUCCAUCAUAUGAGGGGACUGUGGCGACAGCUGUGAAUCAGCUGGAAAAGAAGCUCAGUGGACAGAUGAAGCCAUUGGUUGUAGCCGAGCUGAAGAGGGUCCAACAGUAUACAGUGGAUGUGAAACUGGAUCCUGAUGUGGUACACUCCAAACCCACCCAGUCUAAUCAGAAAGAAAAGGUAAAUGAGGGUACCAAGUGUCGAUGUGUCUUAUCAAAGCAGGGUUUCACUUCUGGAAGAUUUUAUUUUGAGGUUCAGGUAAGAAAGAGGUCCACGUGGACUGUAGGAGUAGCCAGACAGUCCAACAUCAACAAACUAACCACACUGAGCCCCAAGACUGGUUACUGGACUGUUUGUUCAAAGUGGCUGGGUGGGUACUUUGCCUGUGCUGAUCCAUCAGUCUGUCUCUCUCUGAAGGCAAAGCCUGAGAAGGUGGGUGUGUUUGUGGAUUAUGAAGAGGGUUUGGUCAACUUCUAUGAUGCUGAUGCUGCUGCUCUUAUCUACUCCUUCACCGGCUGCUCCUUCACUGACAAAAUCUACCCAUUCUUCAGUCUCUGUGCAAAUGAUGGUGUUAGAGUCCAUACAUCCUGUGUAUUACAGUGA